GUAUUUUCCAUUAAGUCCUCAGGAUGAAGCAACGUCUGUCGUCUCUGGAGUUGUGUCUCGCUGUCAUUUCUUUUCUUCUUAUGAUCUGUUGUGUUGGACUGAUCGUGGUUUCAUGGAUCAGUCUCGGUUCUGAAGGUGCCGUUGAGCCUGUGGUGCUGAGCGGUCGGAUGGUGAUCACACAGGGCGCGGAGUUCUCUGAGGAGCUGACGAACUGCAGCAGUCCCACCUUUAAAUCUCUGGCGUUUGAUGUCCAACAGCUGGUGUCUGAGGCAUUUGGCCUCACUGAGCUCAGGCGACUCUACAAGUCCUGUCAGGUGUUAAACUUCAGACAAGGCAGCGUGGCCGUGUCCUUUGAUCUCUGGUUUUAUAAUUUUAUCGACGUGAAGGAAGUGGGGCAGCAACUGGGGGUGGGGCUUACAGAGGCAGAGAACAGAGGAUUGGUGAUUGACAGGAGCAGCAUCCAUAUCACAGAGAAACGAGACCAGACAACGGAGACGCCGCCGACGGAGACAACAGCGAUUGAGAGGCUGACGACGGAGACACCGACGACGGAGAUGCAGAUGACUGAGACACAGACGAGCAUCACACCUACAACAGCGAUGUGUCCUCCUCAUCAGAAACACUGCGCUGAUCGAUUGACGUGUGUUCUGAUCAAUUGUUUCUGUGACGGGGUCGACGACUGUCCCGAUGCCUCAGAUGAAGAUGUCACUCGCUGUGCAACAGUAUGUGACGGACAGUUUGUGCUGAGAGGACCGACAGGUUCCUUCAGCUCAUCCAACAUUUCUGAGACAACUUUCUGCCGCUGGAUUAUCAGAGUCGAUCGAGGUUUUUCGGUUCAGGUCAAUUUUCAUGAAACACAACCAAACGUCAACAACCUGAAGAUUUAUGAAGGAGUUGGACCAAACAAACUGCUCACAGCUGAGCUCUCGGGCUCCGCCCCUCCUAGGACGGUUUGGCUGCUGACGGACCAAUCAACUGUGGAGUUUAUCGCUGAUGAUGUCACCAACCUGUCAAGAUUCAAUGCCACCUACAGCGCCACCAACUUGUCCAGCCUCUCUGAUCAACAGAAACUGACCUGCACCUUUGAGCAAGGCAUCUGUUUCUGGAGGCAGCAGCAGGACGAUGACGAUGGAGACUGGAUUCGAACAAAUGGCUCCACGUUUCCUCCGCUGACCGGACCAAGUUUGGACCACACGCUGGGUAACGGCUCUGGUUUCUACCUCGUCACACCUUGGAGUCCCGGCCAAUGGCUGAAGAGCUUCAGGAUCCACAGCCUCCCUCUGAAUCCUCCCACACAGCCCAUGUGUCUGAGCUUCUGGUACCACAUGUUCGGAGACGAUGUCCAAUGUCUCAGAGUUCUGCUGCUGCGAUCAAAACCUGCAGUUACCGUAGUGUUCCAGAGAGAUGGUAACUAUGGCGACAACUGGAACUACGGCCAGGUGACCCUAGACUUGACAACAAAGGGCAUGGUGGUGUUUGAGGCCCUGAAGGAAGGAGGGAUAUGGAAUGACAUUGGCCUGGAUGACAUCACUCUGACUGCCAAUCCCUGUGGCCCCAAUCCUCCUGAACCAACGAAUGUCCCGCCAAUGACCACUCCGGCCCCUAUACCAACUGACUGUGGAGGGCCCUUUGACCUCUGGGAGCCAAACUCCACCUUUAGCUCGCCAAACUACCCACAAUCCCACGGGAACAAGGCUCAAUGUCUGUGGACUCUCCACACGGUGGAGGGUCAAAACAUUCAGCUCCACUUCCUGGACUUUGAUGUUGAAGCAACCUAUGAUGUCGUAGAGGUGCGGGACGGGGCGGGAUCAAACUCCACCUUGCUGGCUGUCCUCACCGGGAAUGAUGGCCCCACCCAUGACUUGUUCUCCACAACCAAUCAGAUGACAGUGUGGUUCUUCAUAGACGUCUCAAGUCACAGCCGAGGAUUUAGUGCCAACUUCACCUCUGGGGUUGACUUGGGGUCACCAGCUCCUUGUGCAGCCGGUCACUUCCAGUGUCAGACAGGAAGUUGUAUCCAUGGUAACAGUCAGUGUGACGCUGUGGUCGAUUGUCCCGACGCGUCUGAUGAAGCUGAUUGUGUUGUGUUACAGGUGAACGGGUCAAAUCGUCUCCAGUUUCAAUUCAUCUCCACUUUGUUUACUGUCUGUUCUGAGAACUGGAACCAUCACCUGUCUCACUUCACCUGUCGAUAUCUGGGCUACAGUUACUCUUGUGGGGUUCGUCGAGUCACUGAUACAACGAUGAAGACAAACCAAUCUGAAGAGAGAAGGCCUGGUCAAGCUGUGGGCCGGGUGGUGGGUGGAGCUAAUGCAGUGAAAGGGUCGUGGCCAUGGAUUGCGUCUCUUCAGUGGCGAGGACGUCACAUCUGUGGAGCCUCUAUGAUUGGCAGUGAUUGGCUGCUGACUGCUGCUCAUUGUGUCUAUGGGAAAAAUGUCCACCUCCAGUCCUGGACCGCUGUUCUCGGGCUUCACUCUCAGAGCGACAUGAACCCUGCGGAGGUUCAGACCCGACGAGUCGAUCGCAUCGUCAUUAACAGACACUACAACAGACGAAGCAAACAGGCUGACAUCGCCAUGAUGCAUCUGGAGCAGCCAAUCAACUUCACCCAGUUGAUCCAGCCACUGUGUUUACCUGCCGAAGGUCAAAACGUCAAACCAGGAAAACAUUGUUUCAUCGCUGGAUGGGGACGAGACGCUGAGCAGGGUUCUCUUCCUGAUGUUCUCCAGGAGGCAACGGUUCCCCUGGUGGCUCAUGAUCAGUGUAAGCGUCAGUUACCAGAGUACAACAUCACCUCCAGCAUGCUGUGUGCUGGGUUCCCUGAGGGUGGAGUAGACUCCUGUAAGGGUGAUUCUGGUGGUCCACUUAUAUGUCUAGAAGAUGGAUACUGGACUCUGAUUGGUGUGACCUCAUUUGGGAUUGGCUGUGGACAACCUCAGAGACCUGGAGUCUAUGCCCGAGUCUCUGCCUUCAGCUCCUGGAUCGCCCGGACCAGACGCUCCUCUCUCUCCCCAUGACCCUCCUACUGGACUCCUAGGGAUUCAUCACAUGUUGUUCACCCUGCCUCUUUAAUUAUAAACUAACGAGGACAUCAUUCUUGAUGAUCUCUGUCAG